GCGCGGCCAACGUCAGACGAGGACUCACUCUUACGUUUGAUGAACAAGAAGGAGAUGCCGAUUCACCUCCACGAUGGUUCAGUAAGUUCACCAGCAUGUUAGAUCAAAGAUUUACUAAUCUAGAACAUUAUAUGGAGAUGCUUGUGGUGGAAAAGGUUGAGAAAAUCAAUGAGAAAGUAAUUGUACUAUCCAGUUGGAUGAGGUUGUCAGGGAAGUGAACAAAUUGAAAGCUGAGAACGAGGUUCUGGUAUCAAAGCUGGACGACCUUGAGAAUCGCAGCAGGAUAAAUAACCUGGUAUUCCAUGGGAUCCCAGAAAGCCGUGGAGAAAACACCCAAAAGCUCGUGGAGAAUCUCUUUCAUGAUUUUGUCGGAGUUCAGCCAUCCAAUGAUGUUCCCAAGAUAUCUAUUGAGCGUUGUCAUCGCACACCCACUGUCGCACGAGCAGAUUCACAAGCAGCCAAAUCCCCAAGGGUCAUCCAUGUAGCUUUCUCAUCAUACGCUGGGAAAGAAUUUGUGCGCAAAGCAUGCAUUGCUAUAUUUAAGCAGAGCACCUACCAGGGGCAAAAAAUGUAUGUUUCUGAAGAUUUUUCAAAACGCGUGGCUGAGCUGAGAAGGGGAAAACUAGACCAACUCAAGAACUUGAAAAGAGAGGGCAAGAAAGCAUUUUUAUGUACCCGGCAAGGUUGGCUUUUAGAGACGCUGCAGGCAGAUAUCGACGAUGGGAGAUUGAUGGAUUCGACUGACAAGGCGUGUCCAAGGGUUGUUACCCGUGAAGAGUGGGGUGCUCGACCUGAAAAGGAUAGGUUAGACAUGGAAACUCCUGUUCCAUUUGUGAUAUUACAUCACACCAAUAUGCCAGAAUGCUUCACCUUGAACGACUGCUGUAAGAUGAUGCGAUCCAUACAGGAUUUCCACAUGGACGUCAGGGGAUGGGACGACAUCGCAUAUUCUUUCCUGGUCGGCGAAGACGGUUUGGUAUACAGAGGUCGAGGAUGGGAUACCGUUGGUAGUCAUGCACCCUGGUAUAACUUCAGAUCAUUAGGCAUAUCUAUCAUGGGGAAUUUUACAACGAAGCUUCCGAACAAGAAGGCAAUAGAAGCUGUUGAUGAAAUCAUUAACUGUGCGAUUAUAAACAAUAAACUCAAGUCUGACUACUUUCUCUAUGGUCAUCGUCAAGCUACCCCAGACAGGACCUGCCCAGGCCAGGCUCUUUUUGACUUGAUCCAAACUUGGCCUCACUGGAAACCAGGAGACCAUUUUCCACCAAAGCAGUAACAGACAAAAAAAAAUACAACUUCUUACUAGGCUUAAUAGGUAAUCGUGUUCACUUUCGUAACAAGGAACAGACUAUUCAAUCAUCACAGAAAAUAAGGAUUUUUAAAUAUUUAUUUUCUCAAGAAACUUAAUGCUUCUCUUCUCUAGCAAGUUAUUACUAAUAUCAUUGGGGAAAUUAUAUUUUGAAAACUGUAAUAUGCCUGAAUAUUUUUGCAAGUGAUAUUCAUAUAAUUUUAAAUAAUAGAAAUAUGAUUAAAACCAUCCUACGCAGACAUCGGAAAUCAUUUGAAACGUUAAGUUAUAAACGCUUAAAAAACAGUCAUACUUAGUGCAAUAUGAGUUUACAAAAAACUAAUAAUAGCAUGAUUUAUAUAGCAUUUUUAUCAAUUUGUUUUAGCUCCGUGGUACUUAAAGUUCAGUUCAAAUAAAAUAUACAAAUAGGCCUUUUUUAUAAAAAGAAAACAUGACAAAUAACAAUAGGAUAUAACUGUUUGACUUAAAGCUGUACCAA